CAAGCAGUAGAAGCAUGUGUGGUGGGGGAAUGAUUGGAGAAAGCGUCUGAGUCUGGAGCGUGCGCAGUGAUUUUGAUAGCGCUGUUGCCCUAUCACUGGAUUGGCGAUCGAUCCACGCCGGCGCGCGAUCGGCCUGCAUUCUCCGGUGAUCCGGAGGUCCGAGCGCUUUCGAUCGCGUCUCCCUCCGGCAUUCCUUUCUCCGGCGAGCAUUGGCAGGGGAGAGAAAAGAAUGGCCGUUCUUGAUUCCAGGAGGGAGCUUGAUUCAGCUCUUGCACCGUGGGAAAUGCUGUGAAUGCGGGCGGCCAGGCAAGAGCUAUUGCAUGCUGGAAUCCGUGAAAUAUCUAGUGAUAGAUCGAUCGAUGCCGCGUCUCGUUUGGAUCCAAGCCGUUCUUGUGUUUCUCCUGAUCAUUCAGCUAUCCAGCGCUGACGAAUCUCCACCAGAAUUGCUGGAAAUAUCUCUAAGGAACUCAACAGUCGCGGAGUCUGUGAGUUGGAGCCGACGCCUCCUCGCAAGCCAGCUCUAUAGCAGGAAACGAAGAAAUCUCGGCACUAAUCGCAUCUCAGACGAGUGUACCAAGUCGGACAUCAGUGUCUUUCAAGGCCGCUCCAGUCCGCUCCCCAAUGGCAUCCCAACUUACAGCGUCCAGAUCAUCAAUCUCUGCGUGGUGGGCUGCCCCUUGUCCAACAUCCACAUUGCUUGCGGCUGGUUCGCGUCCGCCAAGCUCGUCAAUCCCAAGAUCUUCAAGAGGGUCGGCUACAACGACUGCAUCGUUAACGAUGGUAAAGCCAUCAGUGGAGGUGAGAGUAUCUUUUUCCACUACGCGAAUUCCUUCCAGUAUCCUUUGAGAGUCCAGUCUGCGGUGUCGUGUUCUUCCGGUGUCUAGGAUGAGAGGGGGGAAAUGUUCGGUAUCACUUACGAUCGGGCCACAGUUUUUUACAUGGGUUAUACAUAUAUGUAUAGCUGCUUCCAGCUCCAGUUUAACAGGUCCUGGGGAUUUCAUAGUACUGAUGAGAGGCCUGCUGUUACAGAUCCAGCAGGUUCUAAAGCGGGAAUUGUAAGUAGAGGCUACGUUCUCGUGGCCGAAACGAUGAGUUUAUAAAAGGCUUCGGAGAGACUUUUCAAGCCGAGGUAUUUUUCCAUGUU